AUGCAAAUCACACAACAACGUUUAGUGCCUACACGGCAAGAACAAACAGCUAAUCAUUGGCAAACUGAAUCUAUGCAUUCAAAAACAACAACAACAACAACACCAAUGUCAAAUCGAGUUUAUCAACCUUUAACAUUUUCUAUAGAUGAUCGUUUAUCACAACAACAUUUAACAGAACUUGAUUUAUGUUCAAAAAAUUUAAAAAAAAUAGAAAAACUACAAAAUAAUAUUAAUUUUAAUGUUAUUUUACUUGAUAAUAAUGAUAUAACUAAAGUAGAACAUCUUGAUGUUCUUACACAUCUUAUUCAAUUAUCAAUAUCUCAUAAUCGAUUAAUUGAUAUUCGUUUAAUAAGUCGUUUAAAAACAUUACAAAAAUUAAAUCUAUCCAAUAAUUCUCUUGAUUCAAUUGAUUGUCUUAAAACUUUACAAAAUCUUGUCAUGCUUAAUAUUUCCAGUAAUCAUAUACAAAAUAUUGGUGCAUUAAAUAGUUGUCAUUCAUUACAAUCAUUAGAUGCAAGUGAUAAUUCUGUUCGACAUAUUGAAGAUCUUUCACAUUUAACAUCAUUAAAAUUUUUAAAUUUACAUAAAAAUCUUAUUGAUACAUUAACAUCAAUAUCAAGAUAUUGGCCAAAAUCAAUUCAUACAUUAAUCAUAUCAGAUAAUGAAAUAAAAGAUUUAACUGAGAUUUGUUAUUUAUCAUCAUUAAUUGAUUUAAAUACAUUAUAUAUUCAAAAUAAUCCAUGUUUAUUUGUUAUUGAUGAUCGACAUGGUUGUCAUCAACCAUUUGAUUAUCGUCCAUAUAUUCUUAAUUGGUGUUUAACAAUUCACAAUUUAGAUGGAACAUUCAUUACAAGAAAAGAAAGUUUAAAAUCUGAAUGGCUGUUAAGUCAAGGUAAAGGACGAUCAUUUCGAUCGGGUGAACAUAAUGAACUUGUUCAAUAUUUAAUAAAAGUUUGUGGAACUGAUGCAGAUGAAAGAGAUGAUCUUCAUCUAUCACGUAUUAUGUUUCAACAAGAUUUAUAUAAACAAAAUUUUGAUGAAAUGUUUAUACGAGCAUCUGAUACAAUGAAAGAUGCAAAUGAUACAUUAUCUAAAGAUACUCAAACUAAAUUACAAAAAAGUUUACUUAUAUCUGAAUCUGAAUUUGUUAAAAUUAGUCCAUCAUCUUCUAUUUCACCAGUUAAGGAACCAAUUCUAUCUGAUUAUCAUCAAAAAAUAUCUUUUACAAAUUCAGAACAACAAAUGCAAACACCAAGUCCUCGAUAUAUUCGAUCGACUACUCAAAACGAUGAACAAAUAACUGAACAUAGUUCAAAUACUCGUUAUAGUGAUUAUGAUAAUCGACCUAUAAAACCACUCGAUAAAAAUAUGCUUCAAUCAAAACUUAAUCAAUAUCCAAUUGACAAUCAUACAAAUGAUGAUGCAAAUAUAUCUCGACCACGAGCAUUAACUAAUCCUCAACAAUCUAAACGUACAUCAACUCAUUUAACAUAUAAUGCUAAUCGAUAUUCACCAAAAACUACUACACGUGGACCAACAGCAUCAACAACUAUGCAUGUUAAUAUGCGUACAAAAUCAAAUAAAAAUCUUCCUAUACAACAAAAAAAUCGUGCAAAACGUCAUACAAUUGCUGCAGAUAAUACAAAUGCAUUUCAUUUAGUGAAACGUACGCAUCGUACAACAUCAGCACUUAAGGAGAAACAUAAACAACAACAACCUACUUCAAAUGAAAUUAAAAAUUUAACAGAUGAUGAAGAUGAAUUACAAUUAAAAUCUGCUCCUGUUAAUACAAUGUUAUCGCCUCAAAAUACAACAUAUAAUCGAGACAAUAGUAUUGAAUUAAAAAAAUUAACAACAUCAAUGGAAACAAUGAGAACAUCAGUUCUUCAAGCAUAUCUUGAUUUACAUGAACGAUUUACUAAAACAACAGAAUUACAAACAUCAGCAUUAGCUACACUUUGGAAAAUGUUCGAAUCUCAAAAUUUAACUCAUCAACAUGAAACAGAAAAAAUACUUGAAGAAAAUCGUUUACUUAAUCAACGUUUACAUGAACUUGAAUCACGUUUAAAUAAUAAAUCUCAUACAUUAUAUCCACCACUUCGUGCACAUAUAUCAAAACGUGAUACAAAAAGUUUUUUUCUUCAUUGGGUACCAAAUCCAUUAAAUGAACAAUAUAAAAUUCUUGGUUAUAGAAUAUAUAUUGAUGAUAUUUUAAAAGGUUUUGUUGAAUCCGGAAAAUUCGAAACAAUUAUUGAUUGUAUUCGUGAUGAAGGAGAAUAUAAAAUAAAACUUCGUACAUAUGAUGAAUAUAGUGAAUCAGAAGAUUCAAAUAUUGUUAUAGCAAGAUUUCGUCGUCAAAAUCCAAUAACACCACGAUCAGAUUCAAAUUCAUCUGAAACAAAAAUAAUUCAUCGUACUCAAUCAGAAGAUAAUACUAAUGAAGCACAAUUUAUACAGAUACCAUUAAGACAAACACAAUCACAAGAAAAUUUAGAUGAUCCAUCAAUUAUUAAGAAUAAAUCACAAAUUGAUAGUAAUCAAUCAAUAUCAUCAGGUGGAUUUCCUUUAUCAACAAAACCACAUACUCAAAUUUCAACAACACCAGAUAAAAAAACGAAAAAUUCUGAAGAACUUAUUUCACCUGUUUCAUCAAAUCCUUCACCUUCUAAUCAUACAAAUUCAAAUGAUAAUAAUAUCAUUAAUCGUAAACCUCCAAAAUCAUCUGAUUCAAGUCCUAAUCAUAGUGAUAAAACAAUAACAACAAUAAAUAAUAAAUCUUGUAAUAAAAUUUUAUUCACUAAUAAUUCUGAUGAUACAUCUUCAACUACUACUACAACAAAACGUAGUCCAACACGAACAGGAAUAAUGUCUCGUCUUACUAAAAGUCCAUAUAAACUUAAGCGUAAUGUUCUAUUAAAUGCUUUAACAAUAAAUCAAACACCAAGUCCAAUAGAACCUGUCGAUACAAAUCAAUCAGAAAUCAAUCUAAUUGAUCGAACAACAUCGUUUCAAGUUGAAUUAUAUAACGGCAAUAAUCAUGGUCAUUUUCUAAUUCAACAUCCUGUUAUACCAUCAAAUUCAAUAAAUAUUUCUUCUACUUCUUCAUCUUCACCACCACCACCAAUACCUCCACGAAACAAAAAUAUUCUUAUAAAUUCACUUGAACAAAAUUCUUUUUAA